AUAGCGCCCCAUCAUUGGUGUCCAGUGGGAGGAAUAGCGCCCCAUCAUUGGUGUCAGUGGGGGGUGGAAUAGUGCCCCAUCUGACACCAAUGAUGGGGCACUAUUCCUCCCCCCACUGAAACCUAUGAUGGGGCACUAUUCCUCCCCCCCACUGACACCAAUGAUGGGGCACUAUUCCUCCCCCCCCACUGACACCAAUGAUGGGGCACUAUUCCUCCCCCCCACUGACACCAAUGAUUGGGCACUAUUCCUCCCCCCACUGACACCAAUGAUAAAAAGUUGGGCACUAUUCCUCCCCCCACUGACACCACAAUGAUGGGGGCACUAUUCCUCCCCCCCACUGACACCAAUGAU